AUGGCGUACAAGGUAGAUCACGAGUACGAUUACUUGUUCAAGAUCGUCUUGAUCGGCGACUCGGGUGUCGGGAAAUCCAACAUCCUGUCAAGAUUCACACGCAACGAGUUCUGUUUGGAAUCCAAAUCCACCAUCGGUGUCGAAUUCGCUACGAGGACUCUCCAGGUGGAAGGCAAGACGGUGAAGGCCCAGAUAUGGGACACGGCCGGGCAAGAGAGGUAUCGGGCAAUCACGAGCGCUUACUACCGAGGGGCCGUUGGGGCGCUCGUCGUUUACGACAUCACCAAGCGCCAAACGUUCGAAAACGUGCAGCGUUGGCUUAGGGAGCUCCGGGACCACGCCGACUCCAACAUCGUCAUCAUGCUCGCCGGCAACAAGUCGGAUCUCAACCACUUGCGAGUCGUGGCCGAGCGUGACGCCAACCUAUUUGCCGAGAAGGAAGGCCUCUCCUUUCUCGAGACAUCCGCCCUUGAGGCCCUAAAUGUCGAGAAGGCGUUUCAAACAAUCUUGCUCGACAUUUAUCAGAUUAUUAGCCGCAAGGCCUUGGCCGCUCAGGAGGCCGUGGCUCCACUCCCGGGACAGGGCACGACCAUCAAGGUUGGGGACUCAGCCAACUCGAACAACAAGGCAACUUGUUGUUCGACUUAA